CUCAACUAUUAAAGGAGGCGUUACUCCGAUAUUUAGCUAAAGUUACUAAACCGUCUCCUCCCAAAACGUCGUCAUUCAGUCCCUCUAUCAUCCACAGAAACAUGACCGCAGACACUCUCCCGUUCCAAAACGGCACUUUGUGGAACGGAGAUCUGAGCUCCACGAACCCUAACUCCAACGCCGCCACCGCCACCGCCAAGAAGUCCAAAGAGAGCGAACGGCGUCGGCGCAGGCGCAAGCAGAAGAAGAACAAGGCCUCUCAGCAGGCACCUGAGUCUAAUGCCGACGCCGGAAACGAAACAGACGAAGAUGAAGCCAAGGAGAACGCCGAUCUUCAACCACAGGUUGUUGAGCAAGUUACUAUUGAGUAUGUACCAGAGAAGGCAGAGUUAGUAGAUGGUAUGGAUGAUGAAUUUAGAAAGAUCUUUGAGAAGUUCACUUUUAAUGACACUGCUGGUUCUGAGGAGAAUGAUAAAACAGAUGAGGCUGCCAAAAAUGCAGACUCAAAGAAGAAGGCUGACUCAGAUUCAGAAGAUGAAGAACAGGAUGACCAACAAAAAGAGAAAGGCCUUUCAAAUAAAAAGAAAAAGCUUCAACGAAGGAUGAAGAUUGCUGAACUGAAACAGAUCUGCUCAAGGCCUGAUGUUGUUGAGGUUUGGGAUGCAACAGCUGCAGACCCUAAGUUGCUGGUGUUUUUGAAGGCAUAUAGAAAUACUGUUCCUGUUCCAAGGCAUUGGUGUCAGAAGAGGAAAUUUUUGCAGGGGAAGCGUGGAAUUGAGAAGCAACCAUUUCAGCUUCCUGAUUUCAUUGCCGCUACAGGAAUUGAGAAAAUUCGACAGGCUUACAUAGAAAAAGAGGACAGUAAGAAGUUGAAACAAAAGCAGCGUGAACGUAUGCAGCCAAAGAUGGGGAAAAUGGAUAUAGACUAUCAGGUCCUCCAUGAUGCAUUUUUUAAGUACCAGACGAAGCCAAAACUGACAACUCAUGGUGAUUUGUACCAUGAAGGGAAAGAAUUUGAGGUGAAACUAAGGGAGAUGAAGCCCGGAACAUUGUCACAAGAAUUAAAAGAAGCUCUUGGUAUGCCAGAUGGUGCUCCACCCCCAUGGCUUAUCAAUAUGCAGAGAUAUGGUCCACCGCCUUCAUACCCGCAUCUUAAAAUUCCUGGACUAAAUGCUCCUAUUCCUGCUGGAGCUAGUUUUGGUUAUCAACCUGGUGGCUGGGGCAAGCCUCCUGUCGAUGAAUAUGGACGCCCUUUGUAUGGAGAUGUUUUUGGUGUUCAGCUACAAGAACAGCCCAACUAUGAGGUAUGAGACUGCACAAUUGGGUUUGGAUUGGCAUAUUGAAUGAUAU